UGCUGAGUUCGUGAAGAUGCGCUGAGAGAAAUGCAAUUCGGUGAAGUCCAAACUUAUGGGUUUUUUAGUAAUCAACAAAUAAUGAAUACUUUCUGUCACAUUUACCAACAAAUAGUUGAGCACACCGAGUAUGGAAUUGCAAGAUUAGGUCUAGUGAAAACUAUAAUAAAGGUUUAGUAUAGCGUCGGUUUUCCGCUUGUUUAGUACUCAGCACAGUUACGGUUUAAUAAUCGUUUAUUAUAAGCAAUUAAAGCGCAAAAGGAGAAGUAAAAUAAAUAAAUAAAAAAAUGUGGACCACAAAAUGUGCAAUUGCAUUACUGCUUACCGUAUUUAUCUGUGAAAUAACGGCACAUCGUUGGAUGUCGUAUGAAGUACCAUCAAAUAAUGCUUGUCGCACCCCACUCGGCGAUUGGGGUAUGUGUGUCUCAUUGAAAUACUGCCAGGAGGUAUUGACACUCUAUCAACAACUGAAUAUGAACCAAGCGACACGGUACUCGAAGGCUCUGCGCAAUAUCUGCUAUAAUCGCCUGACUCCUGACAAUUAUCCGAUCCUUUGUUGCACUCGCCCGACCUUCGAAGACGCAAAUCAGAGCGAUAAUCAAAUUCUUCCCACUACGCCCGUGUCCACGUCAGCAAAUGUGACAACACAAAGAGCUACAACAACAACAACAUCCACAGUAUCGCCAGACCCUAACGGCGAUGAUCGUUCUGCGUCGGAUGGCGUCAACUCACCACCGGAAACCUGCCGCGUUCCACACGAUGGCAGUCAGGGCAGCUGCAAGCCUUUACAAAAUUGCGACGCUUUGCUAAAACGCGCGAGACAAAAUCCCACCGACACCGAGUUCCGUAAACAAUUAGAGCUCUCCAAUGCGAUCUGUUACAGCAUCGGCACGAAUGUUUGCUGUCCAUUCGAGCAGCGCAAAGCAAUUACGCGUUCCAAUGACGCGUCUUGGCAUUUGCCGACGGAAGAUGAAGGUUGUGGAAUCACAUCCCUAUCGUCGCUGAAAGUGGUGGGCGGUGGUGAUAGCAGUAUAGGUGCUUGGCCGUGGAUGGCCUUGGUCGGGUAUGACCGUUAUAGUUUGUCACCCUUUCGCUGUGGUGGUUCGUUGAUAACAGCGCGACACGUGCUGACUGCAGCUCACUGUAUUUUAAGAGAUUUGUCGUUUGUACGUUUAGGCGAAUACGAUUUGAGCACUGAAACGGAAACAAAGCACGUGGAUAUUGAUGUCGUGAAGUCAGCACGACAUCCUGAUUUCGGUGGCCACGACCGACGCUACGACAUUGCAAUCUUAUAUUUGGAGAAAAAUGUAGAUUUCACAGAUUACAUAUGCCCCAUAUGUCUGCCCGCUUCCGCACAACUACGAAGUAAAUCAUAUGUGGGUUAUCAUCCGUUCGUGGCUGGUUGGGGACGUUUGAUGGAAGGUGGACGUUCGUCAAAUAUUUUACAAGAACUUCAAAUCGAAGUUAUGGACAAUUCUGUAUGCCGACAAACCUAUCAGGCUAACAAUAGGCUUUACUCCAAUCAGCAGUUCGACCAAACGGUAGUGUGUGCCGGAGAUUUGGGUGGCGGACGUGAUACGUGUGGCGGUGAUUCCGGUGGACCGCUAAUGGUGGCAGAGCCAUAUAAAGGCGUAACCCGCUUCUAUGCACUCGGUGUGGUUUCGUACGGCAUCGGUUGUGGACGCAUUGGUGUACCGGGCGUUUACACGAAUACGCAAAGUUAUAUAGACUGGAUAUUGGAACGUCUAGAGGAGACAGUAUAUUAUUUUUUUUACUGUCAAAUAGAAUAUAAUAAUUUAGAUUCAAUUUCAAAAUAUUUAAAAUUUAGAAUGAAGGUGUUUGUUCCGUUGUUAAUAUUCGUCUGUGCUGUGCUGCUUCCCGCUGUGUUCUCGCAAGUCCAGUACAACUGCGUGACACCAGGGAAUUAUUAUGGUUACUGCGUGCAAUUACAAUAUUGUCCACAAAUAGCGAAUGUUUUCAAUAUACGCAAACGCAAUCAAGGCGAACGCUAUGUUAUAGCUUCACAACGCUCGUGUGGAACACGAAAUAUUAAUGGUGAUCCAGUGGUUUGCUGCUCACGACCAGUAAAUCCAGCGCCACAGCCACAGCCCCAGCCCCAGCCCCAGCCCCAGCCACGACCACAACCGCAGUCUCAGAUACGACCACAACCAUUACCACAGCCAAGACCACAACCGCAACCGCUACCACAACCUGAACCACAAAUACGUCCACAGCCUUCUACUGAAAGUCCAGGGAAUCCCUUCCUGCCACAAACUACGUCUUCACCAAACAUAAUUCAACCGAGACCACCGCCAAAUCAAGGUCAACUUGUUACCUCAACGGCACGUCCCAUAAUAGCGCCCACUCUAAGCCCCACGACUGCACCCGUAGAAAUCGGCGAACGCUUGACAGGCGACUCUUGUGUGGAUCCGAAGCUGAGACGCGGUGUUUGUGUUGCGAUUGCCAAGUGCAGCCAGCUGGUUACAGAGCUUUACGCCAAGUCGAAUGACCCCGAGUUUGCCGACUUCCUGCGUGCUUCGAAUCGUAAUUGUAGCGGCGUUGCGUCCGUGGCAUGUUGCCCGACCACCGAUAAUGUUAAUAAGAAUCCGUCUGUCAUAGUGGUCAACAGCGAUGAGAUACCCACACGUCCACCCACUUUGGAGGAGGGUUGCGGCUACACGCACAACAACUACAAGAAAAUUGUUGGCGGCGAAGUGAGUAAGAAGGGCGCUUGGCCAUGGGCUGUGCUCUUGGCGUAUCCCGACGGCUCAGCGAGUUCACCAUUCAAGUGUGGUGGCACCUUGGUGACGGCGCGACACGUCGUCACAGCGGCGCAUUGCAUACGUAGCGAUCUCGCCUAUGUUCGUUUGGGCGAACACGACCUGAGCACCGACACGGAAACACGCCACGAAGAUGUCAACAUUGUGCGGAAAGAAGCCCAUCCACAGUACAACAGACGCAAUGGCAAAAACGAUGUGGCAGUAUUGUGGCUAGAGCGCAACGUAAAAUUCAGAGAGACGAUUUCACCGAUUUGCCUGCCCACCGCUGCGCCGAUACGCCAAAAGUCCUAUGUAUCUUACACGCCCUUCGUCGUGGGCUGGGGCAAGACUAUGGAGGGUGGCGUCUCGUCGAAUGUCUUGCAGGAAUUGCAAAUACCAAUCUUCAAGAAUGAUGUCUGUGAACGUAGUUACAAGAACAUCAAUCGUCUGGUGUCUGAUGACCAAUUCGAUGAUGGUGUGCUAUGCGCAGGUGUGCUAUCAGGCGGCAAGGAUACGUGCCAAGGUGACUCGGGCGGUCCACUGAUGAUGCCGGAGUUUUACAACAACAAAGAGCGCUUUUACCUGAUCGGCGUGGUCUCGUAUGGCGUGGGUUGUGCGCGUCCCAAGGUGCCCGGCGUUUACUCCAGUGUGCAGCACUAUGUCGACUGGAUAUUGGAGAAGAUUGCCGAUACACCUUGAGAUUCCUUUUUUAAAUUAUAUUUAAAAUACUUACUUUUAAUACUUAAUACACAACCAAGUGUUGCAGUUUUUUAACGCUUACAAAGUGAUAUGAUUUCUGUUUCAAUAAAAAAUAAUUACGAAAAUAAUAUGAAAAGUAA